AUGAAGUUCACGGCAUCGACGUCUUAUAGAGUGGGCAAACGACGGGCCAAGGAGCCGCCUCUAAUGCCCGGCCAGGCGGCGUUCAUCAACCAGCUCGAAAAACAAAAGGCCGACUACCUGAAGGCAAACCAACAGGAGAAGCUGCCAGUGACGUCUCUCAAGAGCGAUCUCAAGUGGAAGAACCAGGAGAAGCAGGACAGUCUGGGAGACGACAUUGUGCAGGUGGUGAGAGAGAUUCUGGAUAACAUGUACGAGGAGAUUCCAAUCGGAAAGGCGUACACAGCUCCUACUUAUGAAGCUCGUCAGAACGUGCCUCCUCUAGUCAAGAUGACCCAUGUGCACGCAUACAGCCUGAGAGAGCCUACGUUGGUCUUGAGACGGGUGAACGACGCCGUCGAGGCAGGACUACUGCGAAAAGUGGCAGUCAAUAACGUUGAUGAAGGCGUGCUUCUAAUGGAGGCAGACAAGUUCUACAAGCUGCUGGAUCAGAGCAUACAAGAGUGCAAGGUGGCAAAUCAGAAGAAGGCUCUGGAGGAAUUCAAGAUCCUUUUAUUGUCCCAUCCAAGUCGGGUGGAGUUUGGCUUCGAUGAACUUCCCAAUGCUUCUACUCUCGUCAAGAGCGGGUUUCUGACCAUGAAUCCUCAAGAGGCUCAAAUGUACAAUGUCUGUGUGCCUAACGUGGGUGUGUUUCUGAAACUGGGUGCCUCUGCACGAACAUGGUUUAUAAACAUGCUCAAAAAGCAGUCGUACCAGGAAAUGUUAGAGGAGCAGAUGGAGAAGAAGUGGAGUGCUAAUAGCAACCGCUGGAAGGGCUUCAAGGGCGUUUCUUUCGAAUGGAUUCUGAAGGAUCUCUAUGGAGGCUACCACUGUGAAUGUUUCAGUACCCCUGUGGGAAGAGGUUGGAAGUUGACCGGAAAGUAG